AUGAGUAGGCGUGUCCGUGGUGUUCAUUGUCAUGGUGCUCAUGAUGACCAUGGCUUUCCACAUGGUGUGUCUCGUGGUGUCCAUGGUUAUGUUCCUCGUGGUGGCCUUGGUGAUGAUCGAGGUGAUAUUCCUGAUGGGGAGCGGGAGUAUGCUUGUCUUCGUGGGUUUGAUGAAGUACGAUGCUCUGAGACGAGUAAGCGUGACCGUGAUCUUGGCCGUGGUGGUGAUUUUGAGCAGCGACGGCUACAACCGCAACAGCGGCGAUGA